GCGAGGGUGCAGAGUUUAGGAAAGAACGCCCGAACUAAGCUGGAGUUCCCUUUUAGACUCGUGGGUUUUUUUUCUUUCUUUCUUUCUUUUUUUUUUUUUAAUAGCUCGCGGCGAAGGUGGAUCCGGAUCCCUAGAAUCCCCGCCCUGGGGUGUGGGAAGUUGAAGGGACGUCCCCGUAAUUUGCAUAGCCCCCGGGACGUGGCGCAGCACACGAGCCACUUCCGAGUUGGAGAACUCCAAGUCCCAGGAUUCCACGGGGUUAUGUGCAUCACCUCCGUUGUGUUGGAAGCUGAGGAAAAUAAAAGCCGAGAGACGGGUGCGGUUUAGAGUGACAGCUAGGCCUUGUCCGGGAGUGACGAAGGUUAAGUCGAGCCAACGACUUGACAGACUGAGGGGUCGUGCCUAAGGUUCGGAGAGUGGAUCUGCGCGGAGAGAUUUCUAUCCAUAGAUAUCCCAAAUGGAUCCUGGUGGUCAGGACCUGCUAGCUUUGGAUCCUGGUGAUCAGGACCUGCUGGGCUUCCUGCUAGAGGAAAGCGGAGAUUUGUGGGCUGCGACUGAGCAGGACAUGGAGGCUCCGCUGGACUUGAAGUUGUCACCUUCCGAGAAUUCCGUGCAAGAACUGAGCGACUGGGAGGUAGAGGAUUUACUGGGCUCUCUGCUCAGUCCCUCCUCGGCAUCGCGGGAUGGUCUCAGCUCCUCCAGCUCUUCUAUUCUCCAUGAUCACAACUACUCCCUUCCUCAGGAGCACAUCUCCAUAGAUCUAGAUGCUGAGAGCUUUGAAAAGGAGGGGUUCCACGUGACUCCACUGCGUGUGGAGGAAACAGCAGCAGAACAGGAAAUUUCUAGGCUGAUACUGACCGAAGAAGAGAAAAGACUUUUGGAGAAGGAGGGGCUCACUCUGCCCUCAACACUUCCUCUCAGUAAGGUGGAGGAACAAGUUCUAAAGCGAGUACGGAGGAAGAUUCGUAACAAGAGAGCAGCUCAAGAAAGCCGAAAGAAGAAGAAGGUGUACGUAGUGGGGCUGGAGAGCAGGGUCUUGAAGUACACAGCCCAGAAUCAGGAGCUACAGAACAAGGUUCAGCGUCUGGAGGAACAGAAUCUGUCCCUUCUAGAUCAACUGAGGAAGCUUCAGGCCAUGGUGAUUGAGAUAGCUAACAAAACCAGCAGUGGCAGCACUUGCGUUCUGGUCCUUGUGUUCUCUUUCUGCCUUCUCCUGGUACCUGCUAUGUACUCCUCUGAUGCAAGGGGGAGUGUGCCCACUGAGUAUGUUGUGUUGCACCGCAAGCUUCGUGCCCUCCCCAGCGAGGACCAUCAGCAGCCGAAGCUGUCUGCCCUGCAGUCAGAGCCACCCACGGACAGCACACACCAGUUGCUGGACAGCUCAGAGCAUCUGUUCUUGGUCUCCAGCAACUUUUCCUGCAUACUGUACCACAUGCCUCAAGCAGAGCAGCCCCUGCACUGGCCACUCCUUGAUCUGUCUUCGGAAAUGCCCUUCUCAGGCUCCAAUCUUCUCCUGCAGGCAAAUCUUUCAGAAAGUGGGGGAUGGCUACCCACACACAGCCCUUCUUUGGUCAUCUUGCAGGGUGGGUAUUCAGGUUAGGUGUGAGGAUAUGGAGAGUCCUCAGCCUGAGGACUCCUGUCUGUAUUCAAAUAAAAAGGAGUAGGGGAGAGCUGGCCUUUGUUCAUGUGCCCUGUUAGGAUGACCAAGAACUCAGACACCACACUAACUAGUUUUAUGAGUAUUUUAUUUAUACUCAUGUGUAUCUGUUGUCCCAUGAAGAGAUUUGGAGAAAUGUACUGGCCUUGAAUACUUCAUCCAUGGAAGGAACGGGUAGGGUAAGAAAUAAAUAAGUGGCUCCUCG